UAAACAAUGCUACGAAGAGAUAAGUUAUAUGAAUAUUGAGUGCGAUAGUUUGUUAAAUGUUUGUGUAGUAGUUAGACUUUAUUUCAGUUAAUUAACGUAUUCGUUAAUUGGUGGAAAUUCUUUUAUUGUUACUGUUUAUGUGUUGAACAUACAAAACUAGGAAAGUGUUUGUACAUUAAGGUUGUUCGAAAUCAACUUUUAGUUCAAAUUCUCUUUUGAAAACAUUUGUGUCCUUUUUUGUAGUAGUGGAAUUAAAUGUAAAGUAAACUGCUUCGUUUGAUUAAGUCAAUGGACCUCCAGAUAUGGAAAAACCGCGAAGUGCUUCCAUUUAAAGGGUUAAAAUAACUUGAUGUGAUACAGAAAAGACAGAGACCUUUUUACAACGGAACCAGAAGAAAAGUAUGGCCCAUGCACCUCCGGCGAGAAAGAGAAAGCAGUCGCAAGAGCAUGACAUUCACAAGUUUCAAGGAAAAGAAUCCAUAUUAACUUCACAGAUCGAACUUUAUAUCGAAGAUGUCAAACCGAAGAUUCCUGAUGGAGGUUGGGGAUGGAUGAUAGUGUUGGCGGCUUUUGUGGUGAACGGUAUUUCUGAAGGCAUCAGCUUUUCCUUUGGACUGCUCUAUGUGGAGUUUCUGAACGCGUUCGAUGCUUCCAAGUCAGCGACGUCUUGGAUUGGAAGUCUCUUUUUAGCGAUGCCGUUGUUAGCAGGUCCAAUAGGCAGUGCGAUGGUAGAUAGAUAUGGAUGUAUAUAUAUGACAGUAUUGGGAAGUUUGAUCUCAACCAGUGGAUUUAUCCUCAGCAUGUUUGUAAAAUCAUUGACUAUGUUGUAUAUAACAUUUGGAAUUAUAGGCGGAAUAGGUCGAGCUCUUACAUUUGUUACCGCAGUGGUUUCCAUUGCAUUUUGGUUCGAAAAGAAAAGAACUAUAGCGCUAGGCCUCGCAGCUAGUGGUACCGGUGUAGGUACCAUCGCAUUUGCACCUUUAACGUCGCUCUUCAUCACCGAAUAUGGAUGGAGGGGAACCGUUUUGCUUCUAGGUGGAGCAUUUUUGAAUAUGUGCGUAUGUGGAGUCAUGAUGCGAGAUCCAAAAUGGAUACAGGAUGAGGCACGCGUGAAGAAGGCCAAAAAAGCUGCAAAAAAACGGAAAGCGAAGAUAAAACGAGAAAAUACGCAGCUGCUUUUGCAAAGGAUUAAUACUACAUUAGAUCUCAGCGAAAAGAAUCAUUUUAGAUCUGUAGUGGACCUUCCAACAUUCGUCAAAGAAAAUGAAAAAGUACCUCUGGAAGUCCUUAAUAGGUUAAGCGAAAAUAAACAAAUGUACAAAAUAAUACUGGAAAACUAUCCAAACAUGGUACCAUCGAAAAGCGCCUCUAAUCAAGACCUGCAUGUUCAGGAAAAUGGAUGUAAGACAAGGGUUCCUGUAAAAUUUUCGUUACAAGUUCAGGAGGAACCUGAAGAUGAACAACCAGAGGACAAUAAAGGUGAAAAUGGUAAAGUAGAAAAUCAUACGAGUCCGUUAUUGUAUACAAUUCCUGAAGCAAUUGAAGAACCAGAACCUCACAGUUAUUUACAAAUAAUGACAAUGUCCAGUCCUAAUUUAUAUAACGCAAGCAGGAGUACCAGACGAUCUGGUAAAAGUCCCUCAAAAGAAGUCCCUCAAAAAGUAAAAAAGAAAUGGUACACACAGUUUUGGAAAUUAAUAAAGGGUCUUCUGAACUUCUCUCUAUUCUUAGAACUUCAUUUUUUGUUAUUAGCAGUGUCCACAAUCAUAUUAUUUACGUGGUUUAUAGUGCCAUAUUUUUAUAUAGCGGAAUACAUGUUAAAGCUCGGCUAUACUGAUUCUCAAGCUUCUUCAGUUUUAUCAGCCAUUGGACUUACAAACACAAUAGGUAUGGUGUUUCUCGGUUGGGCUGGAGAAAGAUUAAACAUAGCAAAAACAUAUGCCCUUUGCUUAAUAGUUUGCGGAGGCACCAUUGCAGGCAUUAUAUGGUUAUCUGGUAAUUAUAUUACUCUUCUGAUCGCAUGUGGCCUAUUUGGAUUAUUUUUUGCUAGUUGUUUUUCAUUGCUGCCCUCAUUACUGGGCGAAUUGGUGCCACUGGAAGAUUUUACUAUGGCCUAUGGUCUCAUAUUACUUUGUAUGGGUAUCGGUAACUUAAGUGGACCACCUCUCUCAGGGUUCAUAUACGAUUUAACGAAGACGUGGAAUAUGUCAUUUUACCAAGCAGCUUGUUGGAUUAUUUUUAGUGGUGUUCUGAUAGGAAUCAUACCAUAUACGAAAAAUAGAAAAAUCGUUGGAUCAGGUCCAGUUCUGAAUGAACAGUGAUAUUAUAAAAUAUAAGCCUUAUAUUACCGUAUAAUCAAAAAUUCUAGAAUAAAAAAAUGAAAUGUAUAUUUAAUAAACAAGCAAACAAAAUAUUGAAGUCACUUGUUCUUAAAUAAGAAAAGGCAUUUAAAAAAAGUUUACUACUUUUUUCAGAUUGAGAAACUAACUUUUCAUUUAAAAUAGGCGUAACAAUGUAAAUAAUUGAAUAUUUAGAUAAUUAAUUAAUAUUUCAUAAGAAUCCAUAGAAUUUUUCAUUUAUAAUUAAUUAAAAUGACAGUUUCUAAUGCGAAUAGCUCAGAUGGUAGAAAAUUACUAACGAUUAAUCUCAAAAUGUUAUUUAUAAUAGGGAAGAAAAGCAUGCUAAAUUUGCAGUCACUGCGUUAUGGGGACCUAUUGGGUUGUGAUUAUUAGGUCCUAAAACCAAAAAAAGUUAAGUAAAGUUUUCCAUUUCCAAUAAUGGUUUUUUCCGAUUAUAGCGCCAGCUAUCCAUAAUUCGAAAAAAUGUCUCAAAUAAAAGUUGCUUAUUUUUACGUAAACAAUCCAAAUCUGCGAUAAAAAUUUGGGGCUCACAUUUAAGAUUUUAAAGUAACCCCCUACCCCACCUCCGUGGGGAUCGUAUUUGAUACCAUUCGAUAGAUUUUUCAAUAACAUUGAAUAAGUGUAUUUUGCAGUUUUUCGAUGUGAUGUUCAUUUCGCGAAAUAUCGCGUAUUUUUUAGUUUUUCGAUAUACGUUCUGACGUUCAUUUCGCGAAAUAUUCGCUUUUUUUUGUGAAACUUUUUGACUCGUCCAUUUUCUUACGCCCCGUUCAAAUCGUCAGAUUUUUUAAAUAUACACUCGUUUGCAUGUACUUAACUUACCUUAUCUUAAUCUGACAAUUUCGAGUUUUUCUAAAGAUAGAUUUUUUUCGGACCCCCCUUAACGAAUUCCCCUGUGUUAAGAGCCAAUAUAUGGCAGAGGUACAUCUGCAGGGUACCACGUUUCUCCCCACAUGAUAAUCUGACGCGCUCGAGUAACUGCAAAAAUCCUCGCUUGGGCUCCCCUACCAUUAGUACCGAUGACGCAUCAAUAUAUAUUUUAGAUGAUUUUAUAUGACUUCGGUAUUUGCUUGUGAGUUUAUAUGUUUUGAUAACAUGUUAUUGUAUAAUUUAAUAAUUUAUUUUUUUUGUGUUAGUUACCAAACUAAUAUGCCUCUAUUGAAUUUUAAAUGAAACAUUUUCAUUAAAAAAUGUAUAUAUUUUAA